CUGGUUGUUUUCCUUGACCCCAACCGGCUCUGUUUCAGAACUGCCUCCUUGCUUCCAGGAAACUGGUGCUCCGCGUGCUUUGCUACGAGUGUCUCCGGCUUCAUUGUCUGCCUUUCACCGCUCCCACCCCCUUAUCUCUAUCCUUUCCUAUCUCUACCGACUUCCCCCUCGCCCCCGUUUCCGCCUUCUGCCCAAUGUGAUUUCCGCGGAAGGCGGCGGCGGCCGGUGCGGAGGAUGGCGGAGCUUCUGGCGGGGCCGAGAAAACAUUUCUUGGAUUUGCCUUGGGAAGACAUCUUGUUCCCUCAUGUUCUUUCGUAUCUUCCUCUGAGACAGCUCUUGAAUCUGCAGAGAGUCAGCAAGGCAUUCCGGAAUCUAAUCCAGCUGUACCUUACCAACAUGCGCUCUUUUGAUUCUAGUCAGGUUGGAUCUCCUAUUCCAAAAGCUGCAUUCUCUUUCUUACUAAGAGACAAUAAAGUGCUGCAGCAUCUAGCCUUGCAAAACUGCUCUGACUGGUUAUCUGACAAGGAGCUGCUUCCUGUGAUUGGUCAAAACCAUCAAUUGCAACAGAUUGAAUUGAAUGGCUGCAUACAGCUGAGCCGCCAUGCUUUGGUGGCCAUCUCUUUGGGCUGCCCCAAUUUACGCCAGCUUUCUUUGGCCCAUUGUGAAUGGGUGGAUGGACUUUCCUUGCGGAGCCUCGCUGAUCACUGUAAAGAGCUUGAAUCCCUUGAUCUUACAGCCUGCCGGCAGCUGAAAGAUGAAGCUAUUUGCUAUCUUGCUCGAAGAUGCAACAGAUUAAAAUCACUUUCGCUGGCUGUUAAUGCAAAUGUUGGUGAUAUGGCUGUAGAAGAGAUUGCCAAAGCCUGUUCUGAUCUGGAGCACUUGGACCUCACAGGCUGCCUGCGAGUUAAGAACAACUCCAUUAGGACCUUGGCUGAGUACUGUCCUAAGCUGCGUGCCUUGAAGGUGAAACACUGUCAUGAUGUUGUGGAAUCCAGCCUGAGCAUAUUGCGUAGUCGUGGAGUGGAGCUGGAUGUUGAACCUCCAUUGCAACGUGCCCUAGUUCUCUUACAGGAUGUAGUGGGCUUUGCCCCAUUUAUUAAUCUUCAGAUCUAAUGAAAGGAAGAUACUAGAGACUGCCUCUGGGUAAUCCUACAAAGACGUUUAAAAGUCAAAGAUUUCACCUUUAUCAUUGUGAACUGGGCCUGUUUUGAGCUAUUACUUCUUCACGUGGAAGUCUGUGUUGGAAAAACAAACAAUAUGCAUUCACAUGAACAGUAUAAUUUCCAGCUUGCGUUACGAUGCUUCUCAUUAAUUGGUCUACAAAUCUAUUAUUAAAGAUACUCUAGAGAUUGAUCUGAACUUUCUUCGUAAAGUAGCUCCAAGCUAUAGCGUUGUUGAAUCUGUUAUCCAGCUAUCUUUUCAUAUGGAUCUCGACAAAUCAGUUUGGAAAUACUGUGGGAAGAUAAUCAAAACUCCUUGGAGCCAGGAGAUGGGCAACACUAUCACCUUCCUGCUGUUUUGAACUGAAUACUUGAGGAAUACUACUGCACCUGUUUAGAGUUGCUGCUUUCUUUUAGUUUUGUAGUUCUCUGUUCUUUUCAGGGUUAAAGGAAAGACACUUUAAAUCAAGCUUGAAGUCUCAGUAACUGUGUGGACAUAACCAUGCAAUUUUAUUAGCAGCAGUAUGGAGGUGGUUUGCCAUUGUCUUUUGGGAUUCCAGUCUUAUCUAUAGCCCUAAUAUUCCCUGGUGAUCCAAGUAUUGCAAAACAUUUCAAAUUGAACUGUUCCUCAUUUGAAACAUGCUGUUUCAACUCUGAAGCACCUUGCCUUGAAUGAGAAGUACCUACUCUGAGGAAUUUGUGUUUCAGGCUCAAAACAGUUGUGCUCCAUGUGUGAAACUGUUGUUUCAAGACAGUUCAGUUCAAAAUGUUCUGCAUAUCCCUGCUACUUAGUUUCUGAGCCUAAACAUGCUCAGAAUUACAGAACAGAUGGUUUCUGGUACUAGAGGAUUAUAAUACUGACAUCCACAAAAUUGUCUUCUUUGAAAGAUAAAGGUGGUAAUUAUGUGUAUGGUUGAAAUUACUAUAACUAAUAGUUAAAUGACCAGAAAACUGUUGGAAAGUUCCAUUCUGAAAGAGAGCAUACUUCAUAGUAAUGUUAGAUGAAUAUGGUUAAAUUAUGCAUAAAGCCUUGUGGAUCAGCAAAAGUAUUCUGUUAACAGUUGUAGAUCUUCCGUAUGCAGAAGAUGAGUUUUAAAGAUUAUAUAUCAACUAACUGGGAAUCCUAAUCUCUUAGAUAAGUAAGGAGUUUAUUGUCCCAGUUCUUGGCCAGUAACUAGUAAAUCAAGUACUUCCUUGAGAAUACACAGGAUGAAGUCAAAUAACUCAGUGGAUCUUGUUUUUCUUGGCUUAAUGCUGAUCUAUGUUAAAUCCCUCUCUUUAUUUAUAACCUUGCAUUCUCCUUUUGAACUAGUCUGCUUUUCAGUAGAAUAUCACCACCAGUUUUGUGGAUUGUAGCCAGAAAGUGUUCAUUAUAGUUAGUCUCAAAGUAUGUGCAAAGUCAAUUAUGUUAAGAUGGCUGAUCCAUCUCUGAAUUAUGCUUGGGAAACUGGUAAAGUCAGAAUAUCUUUUCUAGUAAAAGUGACUGAAUCUCAGUUACAAACAAAAUUUACUUGUCUCACUUUAUCAAGAGGCAUAAGUCAGUACUGUGGAAUACAGUUGUGCAAUCCAAACGUGCAUGAGGUGUGCUUCCGAUUUUAAUACUGUACAGAAAAACAGUAUGUAUUUCAGUUCUCAAAAAUUUGGGAAUUAAUAGAAUACAUAUAUUGUCUUUGCCCAAAACCUGCAGUAUCUAAUUCAGUUUAGACAGAGUUUUUGUUUGUGUGCUGCUGCUUAUUUGAUGGGUACUAUAAUAAUUCUAAAUGUAGAGCUGCAUACUCUUUCUUUUGAGAAGGGUAUAUUGCACUAUAAAGAAGGAUUUUUUUUCAGACAGUUGCAGCUUGUUAAAAUUACAUAUGUUACCUUGCUUAAUGUUAUCUUCUUUGCAAUUAUAAUUCUCAGAGGUUGGUGAUCAUGGAUACAAUUCAUGCAAGUAGAAUUUGAUGAGUUGGGGUAUGUUAGAUCAGAUUAAUUUUUAGAGAUAUAACUUCCUUUAAGGAAUGAAACUAUUACUGUUUUCCCCACCCUAUCAGUGGUGUCUGAAAGGCUGAAUUGAAUCACAUAAUUUAAGAAAACUUUAGAAAGCAAACUUUUGUUUAAGUUUAAAUAUGGUACUGGUUGAUCUUGUUGCUUAGGAGAAUUCAUUGUGAAGCAGACAAAUAUCCCUUGGAAAAUUAAAAAAAAAAAUGCCUAGCGAAGUUGCAAUGCUGUUACUGAUCCUCUGCUGGCAGAGCUAGAGUUGAGGGCUACAAGUAUAAUUUAAGCCAUUACACUCACAAAAUAAAUCCGCUUUAAUGUAUUUUGUCUACAUUUGCAGGAUUUCUACUAAAGUUUUUAUUUCUUCUUGGCCUUGCAUGACUGUAAAUAAUUAUUAUUCAGGCAAGGCUAGAUAAUAAACUUCAGCAACCUCCUUUCA